AAGAAGAAGAAGGCAGUAUGGAUACUCCGGAGUUAACUUUCACUUUGGCGUACAUCAGUUUUUCUUUAUGCUUCAUUUUUACUCCCGACGAGUUCCGUUCGGUCGGUUUCACCGUCCAGAACCUGUUUGCGUCCUGGCUGGGCAGCGAGGACGUGAGUUUUAUCCAGUAUCACAUCAGGAGAACCAGCGUCACGGUUCUAAUCCACUCAGCGCUGCCUUUAGGUUAUUACCUGGGCAUGUGUUUUGCUGCACCUGAAAGAAACCUGGGACACAUUGUUCAGGUGACAGACAGCUGGCGGGUAUUCCUCGUGCUUUCACUCUUCCUCCACUUGGCCAGCUGGAUGCUGGUCAAGUACUGGUCUGCCAGUCAGUGGUCUAACCAUCCCAUCAGCCGUUCCCUGCAAGCCCACGUGGUGCUCCAGAGCUCUGGCUGGGGUGCUGCAGCAACAAGCAUCAACACAGAGUUCAGACGGAUUGAUAAGUUUUCCACCGGGCCUCCUGGAGCACAGGUCAUCGUCACAGACAGCUGGGUAUUAAAGGUGACCACCUAUGGUGUCUCCAUGGCAUUACAGAGUGAAUGUCACAUGACGGUGACAGAAUCCAGACGGUACCAGUUUAGUCCAGAGUCGCCCUCCCCCACACAGAUCCUGACACUGAGAGUGGACAGCAUCAACCCUGCAGUCAGACCUUUCCAUAUCAGACUAAACUCAGCAGAAUUUGGUGAGUUCAGAGAGAAACUCCAUGCUCCACUUCGAAACUCUGCCAAUGUCGUGAUUCACCAAACAAUCAGCGAACUCUUCCUGGAAACAUUCAAAGCUCAGGUGGACCUUAAUCAGCGCUAUGUUGUCCCCAGUGGACAGGAACUUGAACCCUGUAUCGGCUGCCUCCAGGUCCCAGCAAACAUCAAACUGAUCAGACUCUGUCGCCAUGAUGAUGACGAUAGUGUGUCAGACUGUCAGCAGUGUUUCUGCCGGCCAAUGUGGUGUCUGUCGUGUUUGGGCCGAUGGUUUGCCAGCCGCCAAGACCAGCAGCGACCUGAGACUUGGUUGACCAACGGAGUCCCCUGCCCCACUUGUCGAGCAAAGUUCUGUAUCCUGGAUGUGUGUGCGAUCCACUGACAGCAGACACACGAACAGCAGCUCCUUUCUUCAAACGUUAAUAAGACAUUUUCAAAGAUAAAAAUGCUGCAUCUUGUCUUCUUUCACAGAUAGAACAGUUUUUUUCUGUCUAUAUUGAAUUUUCAUUUGACAUUUCAAAUUGUGUCCGUGGACUUUAUGACUGACUAUGAAUUUGUCCACCAACACUGACAGAGAUAAAACAAGAGUUUAAAACAAAUAAAUGUGAUACUGGUACCAUGAA